AUGGUUCUCUACCUUAUCGGUCUCAUACCGAUCAUCACUGCCUUAGUAUGGCUUCGCCAUCGUGUUUCAGACAUCAUAAUUAGAAGAGCUGGCGGUGCUCGGGCGCCUGUCUUGGCAGGCAACCUGCUAUCGGCUUCUAAGCUGUACUAUGAGAUUGGCAAGAAUCAGUAUCACAACAGACUUGUCGAUUGGUGCACAAGCCAAUUGGACAGCCUGCCUCCCGGGAAAAGGACGUUUGCCGAGUUCAGCCUGACAGGUUCCAAGAGAGUCCUCAUCACCCGAGACCCAGAACAAAUAAAGGCGAUCCUGGCAACAAAAUUCCCAGACUUUGGUCAUGGGCCCAUGUGGCAUAAACUAUGGUACCCUUUUCUCGGAGACGGCAUCUUUGGCGUGGAUGGGCAGCUUUGGCAUGACAGCCGCGGCAUGAUCAGACCCAUGUUUUCCAAGGACAGAUUGCGCAAUCUGGCCAUCUUUGAUGCAUGCACCGACAAACUUGUCUCAAAGAUUCCUUCUUCAGGAGCCACCGUUGACCUGAAAGAUUUGUUCUACCGCUGGUCGUUGGACACGACCACUGAAUUUCUGCUUGGAGAGAAUGCAGGCAGCUUGGAAUUUCCUAUUGCGCCAUUAGUCCCAAAAGGUGACUAUUACCGAGGAAUAAAAAGAAUAGAACAGUUCAUUGAACCGAUUAUUGCACGGACUUUGGCCAUUUGUCCGACACGACUACAGGAGCUGUCCAAAUCAUACAUGGAGUUCUCAUUCCUACAUAGCAUUGCCCUCUACACCAGAGAUCCAAAGCUGAUCCGGGAUCAAAUCAUGUCUGUGCUAUUUGCCGGGAGAGACACCACGGCAGCAACUCUGUCAUGGGCAAUGUAUGAAUUGUCGAAUUAUCCCGUGAUGUGGACCAAGUUGCGCAAAGAGAUCUUGCACAAACUAGGGCCCCAGGCGACGCCAACUUACGAGAUACUCAAAGAUCUCACAUACCUUAAAAAUGUCCUCAACGAGACCCUUCGGCUUCAUCCAGCUGUCCCUCUCAACAUGCGACAGGUUCUAGAAACCACGACUAUCCCCGGAAGAUCUGGGGAAGCUGACAUCGUUCUUCUCAAGGGAGACAGCGUGACGAUAAAUGUGCUUGGCAUGCACACUUGUGCGGACUUGUAUCCACCUACUUCUGAGCAUUUUGCAGAUUUGAAGAUUUUCAGCCCUGAAAGAUGGGAGCAUUGGACGCCCAAGCCAUGGACGUAUAUUCCAUUCUCAGGAGGCCCUAGGAUAUGUAUUGGCCAGAACUUUGCCCUGACCGAAAUGGCAUUUUGCUUGGUUCGUCUAGCGCAGCAGUAUGAAAAGAUUGAGUAUCGUGGUGAUUGGACGGCACAGAAGCUACAGGUCGAUCUCAUUGGGACACCCGCUCUUGGGGUUUCCUUGGCACUGUACAAGCCUGGCGAGGAACAAGAUUCUUUAUCUAAGCAUCAUAUUGAUUAG